AAAAAAAAAAGAUGUAUAUGUACAUCCAACCGAGUCAGUCAGGGAUUCUUUUCGUCCCCUUUAUAAACCCCCAAAACAAAACCUAAAACCAAGAACUUUUGAUUGUAACCUCUCUCUCUCUCUCUCUCUCUCUCAAAAUUACAUUGUCUUCGCCUUUGAGCCAAGCUCUUCUUCAGUUUUGAGUUCAUAGCUUCAAGUCUCAAUGACAAUAUCAGUAACACCAAAGAAUAACAAACUCAUGCCUAGAAGAUUAAUGUCAAGUCUUUUCUUCUCUUCUUCAAAAACCCUUUCUUCUUCUUAUUCAUUUCCAAGCUCUCACUCGAGCACUCCCUCUACCCCAACCCACAAAUUCUCCCAUUCUAUGAUGGAAGAAAACAUUGAAAAUGCUGAAUCAAUCAUCUCCAAAUGGGAUCCAAACUCUUCAUCAUACACCAAAGUCACUUCUCUCUUCCACCAUAACAGAGAAGAAGCUAAGGAGUUUCUCAAAUCUGUCAAGGACUUGCGGCAAGCAAUGCAUUUCUUAAUCAGUGAAAAUUCUACAUCCCCAAAGCUCACACUUGCUCAGAACCUAAUGCAAAUAGCCAUGAAAAGGCUUCAAAAAGAGUUUUAUCAGAUUCUCUGCAAAAACCGUGACCAUCUUGAUCCAGAAUCAGCACCUGUACAGUCCGCAGGUGGGUCAAGCAAUUCUGAUGGUGAAGAUGAGGUUCGAGCAGAUGACUUUGAAAUUUCUGUUGAGUCAAUCACCGAGGUGGAGAGACUCUCGGCAAUUUCCAUGACGGAUUUAAAGUCAAUAGCCGAAUGUAUGAUUCGUUCAGGUUAUGGCAAAGAGUGUGUGAAGAUAUACAACAUUAUCAGAAAAUCUAUAGUAGAUGAAGGAUUGUAUCGUCUUGGAAUUGAAAAGUUCAGAUCUUCUCAGAUUCAUAAAAUGAACAGGGAAGAUCUCGAGCAUGUGAUUAAGAAGUGGAUGAAUGCAAUAAAAAUUGCUGUGAGGAGGCUGUUUAAUGGAGAAAGAGUUCUCUGUGAUCAUGUGUUUUCAGCCUCUGAGACCGUCAGGGAGUUGUGCUUUUCAGAAAUAACCAAAGACGGAGCAAUCAACGUUUUCAGGUUCCCUGAACUCAUUGCCAAGAGUAAGCAUUCGCUGGACAAAAUUUUUCAGCUAAUGGAACUUUAUGGAGCAAUCUCCGAGUUGUGGCCAGAGAUUGAACUGAUAUUUGACUUUGAAUCAACCUCCGCUAUCAAGUUACAAGCUCUUUCAUCACUACUCCUACUCGGAGACUCCACUCGCACUAUUCUAUCUGAAUUUGAAUCGACAAUCCAAAAGGACUCCUCAAGAAAUCUGGUGUUCGGGGGUGGCAUUCACCCGCUCACCCAAUCAGCAAUGACUUACAUAUCUUCACUUGCAGAUUACAAUCUUAUUCUCUCCAAAAUCAUUGUUGAUGGUCCACCAUCAGCAACUUCAUCACUACCAGAAUCUUACUUUGAGAUUCCAACCAUGGAUAAUGGUCAAACACCAUCAGUCUCGGUCCUCCUAGCUUGGCUCAUAUUAGUUCUUUUGUGCAAGCUUGACAGCAAAGCUGAGCUGUACAAAGAUGUUUCUCUAUCAUACCUCUUCCUUGCCAAUAAUCUCCACUUCAUUGUUGAGAAGGUAAGUACAACCAACCUUAACUACCUCCUAGGCAAUGACUGGGUAUUGAAGCAUGCCAAGAAAGUUAAACAAUAUGCCAGGAACUAUGAAUCAAUGGCUUGGACUAAGGUCUUUUCAGCUUUACCGGGGAAAACCUCCCCAGCAAUUACUCCUGAAAUGGCAAAGGAGUGCUUUAGGAAGUUCAAUGCAGCUUUUGAAGAAGCAUACAGGAAACAGACAUCGUGGCUAGUGCAAGAUGGAAAGUUAAGGGAUGAACUGAAGGUGUCAAUAGCAAAGAAACUGGUUCCAGUGUAUCAAGAAUUUUUUGAUAUGUAUUUGGUGAUGCUAAGUGGGGAGAAGAAUUUGGAGUUAUUGGUGAGGUUUUCACCUGAUGAUUUGGGUAAUUACUUGUCAGAUUUGUUCCAUGGGACUUCCACCUCAGGUAGUUCUACUUCUACAUCAUCAUUGCAGAUGGGGGGAUGCCUACCCCGCUAA